AUGAACCCUAAAUAUCAGAAAAACCGAAAGGCAUCCAUCAGAAAGCGGCUAUGUCAGGUCACCUGGGGCUGGUACUCAAUAUCCAUGGCUACGGGUGGUAUUGCGGUUCUCCUUUAUAACACACCUCAUCAAUUCACCGGCCUCGAAACUAUCGGAAAGAUUGUAUACGUCUUCAAUUUGGUUCUUUUCCUCUCAAUUUCUCUUUGCCUGAGCUUUCGCUUCCUCACCAAGUCAUCCGCCCUAAAAGAAUCCUUCCAGCACUCGAACGAGACCCACUUUGUAGGAACCUGCCUUCUAGCUUUUGCGACUAUCAUCAUUGGAGCUGAGAGUUACGGUACAAGUGCUUGCGGACCAUGGCUCCAAGUCGCUCUACGCAUCGUCUUUUGGAUCUAUGUCGCUAUCUCCAUCAUUGAGGCUAUCUUCCACAAUUGGUAUCUGUACCACCACAGCAUGGCCAGUGAGCAGCCAUUUGCACUGGUAAGACUACUACCCUCCUUUCCAGCCAUGCUUUCCGGUACGAUUGCGUCGGUUAUCGCCUCCAACCAGCCCCAAAAGCACGCCUUGCCUAUUAUCAUUGGCGGCACGACAUUACAAGGGUUCGGGUUCCUGAUGUCCCUGUUUAUCUACGGAGAAUACUUCUACCGCUUGAACAAAAGCGGCCUCCCGAAGCCAUCUGAGCGACCGGAAAUGUUCAUCGCCGUGGGUCCAUGGAGCUUCACAGCUCUUGCCCUGAUCGGGAUGGCGAAUGCGGCGGUGGAAAAGUUUCCGGUCAGAUAUAUUAUAUCUUAUGCGGAUUCUUCUCACAGUGAAACUGUCACUGUGACUACCGGGGACAUUGCACUGGUUAUUGCCGCCUUGGCGGGGAUCUUCUUGUGGACGAUCGCGUUCUUCUGUCUUUGCAUCGCAAUAGCCAGCGUGUUGGCACUCUGUAAGGCUUUUGGAGGUGCUGGUGCACCUGGCAUGUCGCUUCCGUAUUGGAGUAUGGUGUUCCCGAAUACCGGGUUCGUGAUUGCGACGAUAAGGAUUGGACAGGUACUGCAAUCUGAAGCGGUGUUGUGGGUUGCUUCUGCUAUGACUAUCUUGCAGGUGGCAAUAUGGCUGAUUGCAAGCGUGGCAACUAUAUGGGCUGUCUGGACACGGCGGAUGUUGUGGCCUGAAGAUGCAGAGAAAGAGGAAGGGGAGAAGGAAUGUUAG